AUGUCGGAGCCCAGGACCGAUGGCGCCACGAGGAGGAAGACUUGGGACAGGACGGGGCAGGCAGUGAACAUAAAGGAUACAGAUGUCAAGUCAGACUCGUUGGCUGGGAAGGGUGUGGACCCGUCCUAUCGAGAAUACCUUGCAGUCCUGCAAGAGAAGAACAGGAUCCUGAGGGAGCUCAGGAAGAAGGAGGAGAAGAAGAAGGAAGCCCUCGCGCAACGGGAAAGAGGAUUUGAGGUCAACUUUCUCGGAGCCAACGAGGAGAGGAUCCGAAAGAAGCAAGAGAACGACAAAGGAGGAGGAGCCCUCCGAAAAGAUCAAAGGAGCAACGUCCGUCAAAGAAGCGCAUGGCAGAAAGGAUCGAUACAGAUCCAGACUAUGAGAGGGUCAGUCAUCAGGCUUGCUCCGCCGUCCAUGGAACAAACCAGAGAGAGCAUGCAAUGGCUGGUCUCAGAGGAGGGGCGCACUUGGCUCGAGACGGAGCAGGGGCAAGACUGGUUGCAGACAGAGCCUGACGAGGACAAGGACGGUCGGGCAGAGGGAAGUCUAGUCCGAGACUCUUUGAGGAUCCUUGCUGCUACACUCAAGUUGUUCCAGUUCUUGGAUCGGGACGGAGAUGGCUUCAUUGAAGCUUUGGAUUGGGUUGAAGUUCUGCAUGACAUCGACACCUCUGAGGAACUCAGCCUCCACACCGUCUCGGAAUUCCAAAGCGCGGACUCAGAUGAGGACCUCUACUCCGAGGAUGUGGAUCGCGGCGACAUGAUGGAGGAAGAAGGAGAGAAUGCUGACGUCGAAGAAGAGCAGUAUGAAGAUGACUUCGCUUCCGAUGACGACGCGGUCAACAUUUUUUCUCAGGGAUCGGACGGAGAGAGCAAAGGAGAAUUGCCGCAUGCUCGCGUCAAGAACGAGGACGAGAUCUCCGAGGAAUCGUUUGAGGAUGACGAGGAAUCCCUCGAGAAGACUAUCGAGGAGAUCGAGAGCGAUGGGAGCUUGCAUGACGAGUUCGAAGCAGCCGUUGACGAAGCUGAGAAAGUUUGGUCACAGCCAUCGUCGACGAAGACCAUGUCAGCUCAGGAAUCCAACGCGAGGAUUAUUCGAAGUGCUCUUCCCCCUAUGUCCUCCGCCUCCUCCUCCUCCUUGCUCCCUCGACGAGCAACGAGCGCUCGAGACGUCAAGGAAGGAGCGGAGAGCUCCUCCUCUGCAAACGCAGUGAACAAGGACAAGAAGGAGCUCGACGCCAUACUUGCUGCGCUGGCGCGCGAGAAUGAAGAAGUUGCUAGCACUCCCAAGGCGAGCCAAGUUGAACAAGAGUUUGCAAAAGACAACUUCAUCGGAAUAUCAAAGAGCCAGGAUAACACAGGUGCAGCGACCGGUUCGUCAGAGAAGAAAUUGUUCCAGAGAGAAGUUGUCGCCACAACUGAGCGCUCGCCUGACCCAAUGAAGGCAGUCUCCAGUGUGCUGGCUAAGGAAACGAGGCAAAUUCCAGCAGUUGCCUUGGAUUCAGGAGAUGCAAAAUACAAGUCGGGGCUUUCUCCUCCUCCUUCUUCCAGCCAGCACCAGCUGGCACAGGAGGAUGACGAGAAACUGAAACAUGACAAUGAGCUUGUGGUCCACGUGUUGUCCAACUGGGGCAACAAGAAGGUUGUCGGGCUCACCGAGAUUGAACUCUUCGACGAGACGGGAUCGAAGGUUCGCAUUGCCAACGCUCAAGUUUCAACGUUCGGGUUCAAGAGCUCGACUGAUCGGUCAAAUCGACUGAUCAACGGCUGCAAGCUCACGACCAAUGAUGCGGACAUGUGGUCAGCGUAUCUGUCGGAGGAGGGGGAGGGAGGGCAGAUUGUCUUUGUCCUUCCUGCCCAAGUUUGCAUCGGCGCCGUGCGACUGUGGAACUACAACAAGAGCAUGCUCGAUUCGGACAAGGGAGUGAGCAUCACCAGCGACUUUUCCACGACCGUUGAGCUGAUAGACGGAAUCAAGUUGCCUGUUGUUACAUUCGAGGAGGAGACAAAACUUGUUGUUCAGCCUGUCCAGGAUGUUCGACUCAGAGACGUGGAAGAGGGAGAGCCGAUCUGGCUGACGGGGAAAGACUCGAAGCAGAGCAGCAGCGAUCAGCUUCUGCCAAGUUUGCCAAGCGCGGACGUGAUGGGAGAGAUUCCCCUGCUGGUGAUGAGAGAUGAGAUGAUCAGUUCAGCGAUCAGGGAUGAGAUGAGAUGA